CAGUUACAAAAAAGAAUUGCAUUUCUUUACAUUCACAAUGAGCUCUACAAAAGCAAAGAAGAAGCAAACGACAGGAACAACAAGCGAAACGACAACAACAACAACACCACCAACCCAAGAACAGCAACAAACGGCAUGGGGAGGAAGAUACCUCGGAGUCCGAAGAAGACCAUGGGGACGAUACGCCGCAGAGAUUCGCGAUCCUUCGACGAAAGAACGACACUGGUUAGGAACAUUCGACACUGCCGAAGAAGCUGCUUUGGCUUACGACAGAGCCGCACGUGGCAUGCGAGGGUCACGUGCUAGAACCAAUUUUGUUUACGCCGAUACACCUCCCGGUUCUUCUGUUACUCCAAUCCUCUCCCCUGAUCAACAACAUCAACAAGAACAAGCUUUUCAUGAACUCUCGUUUGUUCUUCAACAUGAACCGUUUCCGGUUCAGCAUAACCCGGUUCAGUCUCUUGACUCGGUUUCUUUCGUAACAUCUUCUGGUAAUUACGGUUACGGUGAGGAAAAUAAUAAUUAUAAUAAUAGUAUUAAUUUUAAUAAAUAUAAUCUUCCUCCUCAAGCUCCACUUGCUACAUUGGAGGCUAGUAUUAAUAAUAAUAAUGAAAAUUCUCAUUUUAACCAACAAGUAUUUUUGGACGAUGUUGUUGCUUGUAGUAGCAACAGCAACGUUAAUUUUAACAACAACAUUGAACUUCCUCCUUUGCCACCGGAUAUUACUAGCUCCGCGUGUUAUGAUAUGGCAUUCAACGGCGGUGAUAAUGAUCAUGGGUAUUAUUAUUCAUCAUGGGAGCAGAAUGUUGGAGGUGAAUGUUAUAAUAAUCAAAUGUUGGGUUCGAAUGUUGGAGGUGUUGGAGUUACAGAGAAUAACGGCGGUGAUGGUUUUGAUUUCGGAGGCUCUUCAUUUUUCUUCUGAGUUUUAUAUAAUGUAUCUUUUAUUUCAUGUUUUUUUUUUGUGUGUGAGUGAUGGUUUGUAUUGUUGUUUUGAUUUGUGCAUGUAAUGGGAUGUGUAAAGUAGUGUUUGUUUGUGGACAUGAGAAUGGGGAAAUUGUCUUACGUUAGGGGCAUGAGAAUAUGUUGUUGUUGUUGUUGUUUAAUUUGUGUAAUAGUGUAUGUAAAGUGUUUACAUUUGGGUGAGUUUUGUGUUGCGGCGCUUUUGGAGACAAG